AUGGCAGGAAAGCCCCCCCUAGAGCCAGAGGAGACGCUACAGUGUGAGAAGGGAGAUGAUUUCGAUUACGAGUAUGCCAAUGAGAAGCCCCUGUGCGCCAAGUGCGGGGCGGACAUCGAAGUCAGGCUGGAGGGCGCUGCACCAGAGGCGCUGCCGCACGGCGCCAGCGUGCUGGUGUCCCUGCAGGACGCAGACACAGGCGCGUGCCUCGCCCUGGUUACGCUCCUCGGCAGCAAGGCCUCGCAGCCGCAGCCCACGUGCUCCAGCGACGACGACUCGCCGCCCACCGGCCGCCGCCCGGCGGCCGGCGGCGGCGGCGCCGCGGCCGCGCCGCUGCUGGCGUGCGACAGGCCGGGGGUGGUGCUCCCGGAGACUGGCGCCGUGCUGGUGCCUCUGACGGCCGGCCGCGCGAAGCUGCCCGGGCUGCGCGCCUCUCGCCCCAUCAGCACGGUUACGUCACUCGGGGGCGCCAGGGUCAAGGCAGUGCGCGCGGCCGCGGCGGCGGUGGUGGUCAGCGCGGACGGGCGCGUGGUGCCGCUGCAGGGUGUGAUGCCCGCGCUGUCGGGGCGCUUCGUGAUCAAGUGCCAGCGGGCCCUGGAUGACUACAGGAAGGAGGCGUUCCCCAGGGCGGCCGCUGACAUCACCGUGGUCAAAUACAUCGGGGUCGGCACCGCAGCCAAGCUCAAGGAGAACGCGCGGUCAGAGGAGGCCCUGGGCCCAGAGUGCCCCCUGGAUGCGGUCGUCACGGUCGACCACCUGCGCACGGUGGUCAAAGCGGCGGUCAACAACCCGGAGGGCGACCUGCACCCCCGGCUGCUGAAGGUGCUCAACAUGAGGGGGAAGCUGCAGCACAAGCUGGCUGAGCUGCACACCAUCCUAGACACCUGCAUCGUGGAGGAAGACGAACAGCCGCGCAUCUGGCUGCCCGUGGCGCCGCUCGGCGGCCCCGCGGUCGGCCUGCUCUUCCCGGCCAGGCAGGGCGCCCCCCUGUUUGACCGCGCGGCCGCCGUUGUCCACAGCCCAGACGUCAGCAGCAGCGGCAGCAGCGGCGGCAGCAGCAGCAGCAGCAGCAGGCCCGCGCCUCUAACAGCGCUGGCAAUCGCAGGCGGCACCACCCUGGCUUUGGGGAGCCUCCCAAGCGCCGCCGGCACUGGCGCUGGCGCCGCGCCGGGCGUUUGGGACGCGCUGGCGCCGGCCGCCGCAGAGGGGCUGGCCAGGGCCGCGGCUACAGCGUGGAAGGCGGAGGGGCACCCGGGCUGGCGCCUGCUCGAGAGCACAGCCGACCUGACCUUCCUCAGCCGUGGCCCCUUCGCGUCCGCCGUCGCCGCCAGCGGCGCCGCUGCGCCAGACGCACUGCGACAGGCCCUCUUCGGCUCAAACGCCGGCGGCGGCGGCGGCGGCGGAUCGGGCUCGCUUUCUGUUGCAGGCCCUUUGCCGUCUGCGCCGGCGCAGGGGCUGCAGCUGCAGGCGGCAGGCUCGGCCGCCUUUCCAGAGUGGGGCAGCGCCAGCUCCACCCCCGGCGCCGCGCUUGCGAGCGGCAUCCGCUCCCUCGGCGGCCUGCUCAACCCGCACGGCGCGGCCACUGCAGCGGCUGCUGACGCCGGCGCCGCCUCCGCCUCAGCAGCAGCACCAGCAGCAGCAGCAGCAGCAGCAUCAGCAGCAGCAGCAGCAGCAGCGGGCAAAGACAUCCUCAGCGGCUGUGAUGAUGAGCUGCAGCUGGACGAUGAGUGGCAGCUGGAAGGCGAGCAGUUACCAGAGGCCGGAUCUCUGCUGGCGGCUGCCUGCCAGCUCAUGAGUGCAAAGCGCGCCCGCAGCCUCGGACUGGGGGACGCUUCGCUGGGCCAGGCGUGCACGGCUGCGAUGCACCCGCCCGGCGCGGCCCUGCCGCCGCUCGCCGGCGGCGGGCGCGGCGGGGGCGCGGCGCCGGCUCCACAGUCGGGCGGGGCGCCCUUCAUCGCGGCCGCCGCGGCGGCGGAGGCUGGGGAGGCGCCUGCGGCGAGCGGCAGGCGCGGCUGGCGCAAGACUGACAGCAUGGAGCGCUCUGCGCCCCGGGCCCGCAAGUCUUACGAUCAAGAGCCAGCCGCCGGCGCCCUCACCGCCGCAUUCUCAGCGGCCGCGACUGCGGUGGCCGCGGCAUACAUGGAGCCAGCGGCUGGCGGGGACACCCGCAGGCAGCAGCAGCAGCAGCAGCAGCAGCAGCAGCAGCAAGAGCAGCAGCUGAGCUCGCCGUCGCGCAGCGGCAGCGGCAUCCGGGCGCAGCUGUCGGGCAUGCGCCUGACAUCAGAAGGCUCGAGCGCGCCGCCAGCCGCUGCGGGCGCGCCGGCGAUGGGGGCGGUCAACCGCUGGGUCGUGACGACAGAGGCGCCGCGGCCCAAGGGCGCCCAUGGGGCGGGUCCGGCAGCAGCAUCAGCGGGAUCGGCACCGGCGGCGGCAGCGAGAGCUCCUGGGGAGCUGCAGGCGCUUGCCCCUGAGGCCUGCGGCCCGCACCAGCGGCCGCCGCCACCCCUGCCGCACACCGCCUGCGCGACGCCGUUUGCCACGGCGGCGGUGGCGACGACGGCGGCGGCAGCGGCGGCGUCAGAUGCCGCUGUGCCGAGGGCGGCAGCGGGGGCCGCAGAGGAGGACGAUGCCGCCAGAGACGCUCUGGUGGUGGUCUGCGCCUCCCCCGCCGCGACGCCGGUGACCAAGCCGCGGCUGCUGGCGGCAGCGCCCCGCCCCGCCAUGUUCGGCGCCUCAGCUUUCUUCUGCUGCGCUGGCGGCAUACCCCCGGCCGACCACGGCCAUAGCCAUGGUCUCAGCAGCAGCGCAGGCCCUGACGAUUACGACGAUCUGGUCGGGUCUCUCUUGGACGCCCCAGAUCUGCACGAGAUGAGCGCAGCCUUGAACAGCUACUCAUCCUCGGACGACGGCGGCGGCGGCGAUCUGGGGUGCCCCCAGGGGUCGAUUGAUGGCGGGACCUCGGCCGGCGGGUUUGGGGGGUCGUCUGUCGCGUCUCUGGACUACUAG